AUGGACAAGAUUCGCACAACAGUCAACAUACGGAGGCUCGACCCAGAUGUGCCGUUCUAUCAGGACAUGGACAAGUAUUACGGAGUCAAAGUCUCCUGCCUCUUCAGCUACCAUGUCGAGCACGACGCUGAGAAGGGGAUGAAGGAUCUAUCGUACCAUUUCACAAAGUUUCAGGGCCAGGCCCUCUACGGUCGUGCUAAUGAAGGCGACCCCGAUGCAAUUCUUGACCUCGCGCUCAGAUACCUCAGCGGAUGUGGAGUGCGAAAGCAGAGCUCGGAAGGAGCGCUCUACGUCCUUGACAGCUUCUUCGAUCCUUCCUGUGAUCAUGGUUACGUAGGCCACAACGCGUCCCGCACGAUGCUUGCGCAGGCGCACUCCUGUGCCGCCCGCGCAUACUUUCUCAAGUAUCUCGCACCCGACUCCGAACGCAGUGACAUCCUAGCGGACGAGGAACGUUUCGCCCGCCCGGAGACCCAGCCCCUGGGCGCCGACGCGUCGCCCCUCGCGUACUUCCUCCUCGCAGCGCACCACGCCAACGAGAGCGUCAAGUUCGGGCUCGUGUCUCCGGCCGUGCUUUUAGUCGGGUUCAGGGUCUACGACAUAGGCGACGCCCUCGGUGCGAACGUCGACCAGACCGCGGAACGUGGGAAACGUUUCCGAUCGCUCUUGCGUGCCAUCGCGCGUCGCCGCAAGGAGAUCCACUCGGAGGAGCGGAAGCGCCAGCGCAAGGUGGACAGAAGCCCCAAUGUCUACGUCUGCGCCGCUGAGGGGUGCGGCAUUCAGGGAGAGCAAAAGAGCGUGUUGCGAGCUUGCUCUGGACGAUGCCCGCCAGACCUCAAACCCUCCUACUGCAGCCCGGGGUGCCAGAAGAAGGAUUGGCCCAGACAUAAGGGCAUCUGUAAGCCCAACUCGACCGGGAAGACUCUGAAGAUGUCGGAAGAAGACAAGGUCAAAGCGCACACGCUCUUCGAGCUCGGGGAGCCGGAGGACGGCGGUGAAGCACAGGACGAAGAGGAGGAGGAGCCCAUUGAAGAAAUCAGCACGGCUACGAACGAGGAUGACGAGGCCUGCGGCCCUGGACGGAUCAUCGACAUUCCUGUCCCUGGAGCUCCUGGUGGCUCGAUUCAGGUUACCACGAGCACGAUGGAUCCCGAGUUCAUGAGGUCGGUGAGGGAUCAUGCGUUGAACAUGGGGCGGUGA